AUGGACGUCGUCCACGUCGAUGGCGCAAGAAAGGCGCCAGGUGACUGGUCGCCAGACGCAUGUCGCACCGUCGCCUCCGAACUCACAAACACCCUCGACCUCGGACCCGACCGCCAACUCGUCGUCGAGGCGCUCGUCUUCAUCCACUUCUCCGUAUACACCUUUGCAGAGCGCCUCCGCCGCCGUCAGGGUCGCCGCUUCCACCAGUCGCCCCGCCACUUUCUCAGCUUCAUCGAGUACUACGUCCAGGUCUCCAACCAGAAGCGCGACGAGCUCGAGGACCAGCAGCGCUUCCUCCUCGUCGGCCUCGACAAGCUCCGCUCCACCGUAGACCAGGUCGAAGAGCUCCAAAAGAGCCUCGCCGUAAAGCGCACCCAGCUCGAGGCAAAGAACCAACAGGCGAACCACAAGCUCCAGAGCAUGGUCAAGGACCAGCAGCAGGCCGAGCAAAAGCGCGCCGCAUCCAUACAGAUCCAGGCCGCCCUCGCAAACCAAGAGACCCAGAUCAGCGAGCGCAGAAACGUCGUCAUGGCUGACCUCGCCCACGCAGAACCCGCCGUACAGGACGCACAGGCCGCCGUCAGCAACAUCAAGAAGCAGCACCUCACCGAAGUCCGCUCCAUGGGCAAUCCUCCGCUCCCCGUCAAAAACGCAAUGGAGUCCGUCUGCAUCAUCCUCGGUCACAAGAUCGAAAGCUGGAAGACCGUACAGGCCAUCAUCCGCAGGGACGACUUCAUCGCCAGCAUCGUCAACUUUGACACCGACCGCCAGAUGACGCCCCAGAUCCGCGCAAAGAUGAAUCGCGACUACCUCUCCAAGCCCGAGUACAACUUUGAGACCAUCGACCGCGCCAGUAAGGCAUGCGGUCCCCUCGCCAAGUGGGUCAUCGCACAGGUCCGCUUCUCCGAGAUCCUCGACAAGGUCGGCCCCCUCCGCGACGAGGUGCAGUCGCUCGAACACCAGGCAGAAGACACAAAGGCGCAGGCAACCGAGAUCGUCGACAUGAUCGCAGAGCUCGAAAACAGCAUCGCCACCUACAAGGACGAGUACGCCGCGCUCAUCAGCGAGACACAGGCCAUCAAGUCCGAGAUGGAGCGCGUCCAGAAUCGCGUCUCGCGCUCCAUGCAGCUCCUCGACAGCCUCUCGUCCGAAAAGCACCGAUGGGAGGAAGGCAGCCGCACCUUUGACGACCACAUGAGCACCAUCAUCGGCGACGCCCUCCUCUCCGCAGCCAUGCUCGCCUACGCCGGUUUCUUCGACCAGCAGUAUCGCGAGUCCAUGUGGGCCUACUGGUCGGACCACCUCCGCCACGCAGAGAUCAAGUUCAAGCCCGAACUCUCCUUUGCCGACUACCUCUCCACCGCAGACGAGCGUCUCGAGUGGCAGGCAAGGUCGCUCCCCGCAGACACCCUCUGCACCGAGAACGCCAUCAUGCUCAAGCGCUGGAACCGCUAUCCGCUCGUCAUCGACCCCUCGGGCCAGGCCGUCCAAUUCCUCCUCAACGAGUACAAGCAGCAGAAGCUCACCACCACCAGCUUCCUCGACGAGGCUUUCCUCAAGGCGCUCGAGAGCUCGUUGCGCUUCGGAAACCCUCUCCUCAUCCAGGACGUCGAAUACCUCGACCCCAUCCUCAAUCCUGUCCUCAACAAGGAGCUCCGCCGUACGGGCGGCCGUGUGCUCAUCCGCCUCGGCAGUCAGGACAUCGACUUUUCGCCCUCCUUCAACAUGUUCCUCUCCACACGCGACCCCUCCGUCGAGUUCUCGCCCGACAUCUGCAGCCGCGUCACCUUUGUCAACUUCACCAUGACGCGCAGCAGCCUCCAGAGCCAGUCGCUCGACCAGGUGCUCAAGGUCGAACGCCCAGACACCGACCGCAAGCGAACCGACCUGAUGAAGCUCCAGGGCGAGUUCCGCCUGCGCCUCCGCCACCUCGAGCGCUCGCUCCUCACCGCGCUCAACGAGUCCGAAGGCAACAUUCUCGACGACGACAAGGUCAUCGACACCCUCGAGACGCUCAAAAAGGAAGCUGCCGAAGUCACCUCCAAGGUCGAGGAGACCGACGCCAUCAUGCACGAGGUCGACCAGGUCACUGCCGAGUACGUGCCGCUCGCCAAGGCGUGCAGCUCGGUCUUCUUUGUGCUCGACCAGCUCCACCUCAUCUCGCACUUUUACCAGUUCUCCCUGCGCUUCUUCCUCGACAUCUUCGACUUUGUCCUGCGCCGCAACCCGCACCUCGCCGGCGUCUCGGAUCCCAAGCAGCGUCUCGACAUCCUCAUGCGCGAUCUCUUCCUCGUCGUCUUCCACAGGACCAGCAAGGCGCUUGCGCACCACGAUCACGUCAUGCUCGCCAUGCUGCUCGCUCAGAUCAAGGCGCGCGAAGAGGGCCAUGCCGACACGCUCGACAGCGACGAAUACGAGUUUCUGCUCGAAGGCGGCAUGGCAGCCGGUGCCACCACCACGCAGCGCAGCGGCGAUGGUGAGAUCGAGGCCAUGCUCGACGAAGAACAGCUGGCACGCGUCCAGGCAUUCAAGCGUCUCGCCUUCUUCCGCACCAUCGAGGACCACAUGGAGGCCAACGCUCCACAGUGGCUCGCCUUCCUCGGCUCCAACAGCCCCGAGACCGAAGUGCCCGUCUUCUGGCCGACCGAAGAGGCAGACAGCGAUAUCAAGGACGAGGUGCGCAAGAUGCUCGUCGUCAAGUGCCUGCGGCCCGAUCGGAUCGUUCAGGCCAUGGCGGCAUUCAGCUCGCGCGUCUUUGGCCAGGACGUGCUGGGCGACCCGGGCUACGACCUGGGUAGGAUCGUAGCCGACGAGACGGACGCCAGCACUCCCAUCGCGCUGUGCUCCGUGCCGGGCUACGAUGCCAGCUUCCGCGUGGACCACCUGGUCAAGCUGGUCAACGCGCGAUGCACGUCGGUGGCCAUGGGCUCGCAGGAGGGCUUUGCGCUUGCCGAUCACGCCAUCACGUCGGCGGCGCGCACGGGCAACUGGGUGCUGCUCAAGAACGUGCACCUGGCGCCGAGCUGGCUGUCGCAGCUCGAGAAGAAGAUGCAUGCGCUCAAUCCGAACCGCAACUUCCGCCUCUUCCUCACAUGCGAGACAUCGCCCUCGAUCCCGGUCAACUUCCUGCGCGCCUCGCGCAUCCUCAUGAACGAGCCGCCGCCGGGCAUCCGCGCGAGCAUGCUCGACAGCCUCAAGAGCAUCGCACCCGCGCGGUUGCAGCGUGGACCCGCCGAGACGCCGCGCCUCUACCUGCUGCUCGCCUUCUUCCACGCCACGCUGACGGAGCGCCUGCGCUACACGCCGCUGGGCUGGUCCAAGCCGUUCGAGUUCAACGACUCGGACGCCGAGGCGGCCCUCGACAUCAUCGAGGGCUGGGUGACGCAGGUGGCCAAGGGCCGCGCCAACGUCGACCCGCAACAGCUGCCCUGGGACGCCAUCCGCUCGCUGCUCAAGCAGAGCGUGUACGGCGGCAAGAUCGACAAUGCGCCGGACCAGACGCUGCUCGACUCGUUUGUCGACGGCCUCUUCUGCGCACGCGCGUACGAUGUCGGCUUCGAGCUGGUCAGCGAUGCCAAACAGCCGCUCGUCGCACCCGAGGGCACCAAGAUGGAGACGUUCAUCGGCUGGGUGCAGGCGCUGCCGGAGCAACAGCCGCCGCAGUGGCUCGCGCUGCCGCCGAGUGCCGAAAAGGUGAUUGCGGCAGCGCAGGGUACGGGGCUGCUGAACAAGCUUGUGCGGAUGAAGCAGCUUGCGGACGACGAUGACGACGAAAAGGUGGUGGCGGUGGACAAGGGCAGUGCAAGCAAGGAUGCGGCGGGGGUGGUUGGCGGUGCGUCGGCGUCUGCGCAGCCGGGGUGGAUGAAGGCGUUGCGCGCGAAUGCGGUGCACUGGCUUUCGCUGCUGCCGACUUCGGUUUCGGCGGUGCGUGCCGAGGCGGGGGCGGUGCAGGAUCCGCUGUACCGCUUCUGGGCGCGCGAGAACCGCACGGGCUCUUCGCUGCUAUCUGUGGUGCGGGCGGAUCUGGAAGAGGUGGUGGCGGUGUGCGAAGGCACCGCGCGACAGACGAACCACAACCGAACUUUGCUCACGGACCUUCCGAAAGCGGUCGUACCUGCGGCGUGGCGUCGAUACGCGGUGCCCAAGUCGAUGGCGUUGUCCGAGUGGAUCGUCGACCUGCGCGCGCGGCUGGACCAGCUGGAGCGCAUCACGCGCGAGUCGGCCGAGCUGGGCGGUUCUGGCACGGCGGGGUACGAGAUGGUCGAAGUGGUGCUCGGGCUGCUCUUCUCGCCCGGUGCGUAUCUGACGGCGACGCGGCAGAGUGUGGCACAUGCAUCGCGCGUGUCGCUCGAGAACCUCUCGCUGCGUCUGCUACUCAACGACGCCAAGGCCGGGCUGGAGGUGGGCAAGUUUGCCCUGCGUGGACUCAAGCUUCAGGGCGCCGAGUGGGACAGCCAAGCAUCGCGCAUCCGACUCAACGACGGCGCCGUCACCAACCUCGGCCUGACCGCGUUGGUGUGGGAGCAAAGCAGCCAGAAGAAGGACGACGAGACGGUGCCGAUUAGCGUGUACCUCAACGAAGACCGCAGCUUGGCACUGUUCGCUACGCCGCUCAAGGCCGAGUCGGGCGUCAAGCAGGCUACGCUUGCGCAACGCGCCGUGGCUCUACGUGCGGCAUGA